GCGCAUGCUCCCGAGUGCCACGCACUAACAUGGCUACCGUCUCCCAAUAAGCGUGGUAUCCGCGAGCCGGCCGUUGGUGGGCAUGCUCCCUGAGUGCCCCGCACCAACAUGGCGGUAGUCUCCGCUGCGGUGACUUUAAUUCUCAGUUUUCGGUUAUAGCCUGCCGGUGCCCAUUUCUCUUCAGAAAGCUCUGCACCCGGGGUGGAGGUGGGGAAAGGAAGGGUGGGUUCGGGGGUGAAAGGUUAGAAGGGACAGCAGGCUUCCGGACCGGCUUCUGGCGAGAGGAAGAUGGCUGAGGGUGAGCGGCAGCCGCCGGCGCCAGAUUCUUUGGAGGAAACCCUUCCAGCUUCUCAGAACUUCAUCAUUCCAAAAAAGGAGAUUCAUACAGUUCCAGACAUGGGCAAAUGGAAGCGUUCUCAGGCAUAUGCAGACUACAUCGGAUUCAUCCUCACCCUCAACGAAGGCGUGAAGGGGAAGAAGCUGACCUUCGAAUACAAAGUCUCUGAGGCCGUUGAGAAACUGGUCGCUCUUCUCAACACACUGGACAGGUGGAUUGAUGAGACCCCUCCGGUGGACCAGCCCUCUCGAUUUGGAAACAAGGCCUACAGGACCUGGUAUGCCAAACUUGACGAGGAGGCAGAAAACUUGGUGGCCAUGGUGGUCCCCACACAUCUGGCAGCUGCGGUGCCUGAGGUGGCCGUUUACCUAAAGGAAUCUGUGGGGAACUCCACGCGCAUCGACUAUGGCACAGGGCACGAAGCAGCCUUUGCUGCUUUCCUCUGCUGUCUCUGCAAGAUUGGGGUGCUCCGGGUGGAUGACCAAAUAGCUAUUGUCUUCAAGGUGUUCAAUCGGUACCUUGAGGUUAUGCGGAAGCUCCAGAAGACAUACAGGAUGGAGCCAGCCGGCAGCCAGGGAGUGUGGGGCCUGGAUGAUUUCCAGUUUCUGCCCUUCAUCUGGGGUAGUUCGCAGCUGAUAGAUCACCCGUAUCUGGAACCCAGGCACUUUGUAGAUGAGAAGGCCGUGAAUGAGAACCACAAGGACUACAUGUUCCUGGAGUGUAUCCUGUUUAUUACUGAGAUGAAGACGGGCCCCUUUGCAGAGCACUCCAACCAGCUGUGGAACAUCAGUGCUGUCCCCUCCUGGUCCAAAGUGAACCAGGGUCUCAUCCGCAUGUAUAAGGCUGAGUGUCUGGAGAAGUUUCCCGUGAUCCAGCACUUCAAGUUCGGGAGCCUGCUGCCCAUCCAGCCAGUCACAUCGUGCUAGGAGGCCCUGAGCCACCCAGGCUGCCCUCCCUACCCAGCUGCGGCCCCCUCCCCACUCCUCCCCUUUGUUCUUUCUGUUUGACUGUUUACUGGGGUGGGCUGGUAAGCGUGGGGUAGAGGGAGAGCAUAAGGCUGAAGGACCCAAGUUAGGAGAAGUGACCAAAGUGUGGCCAGUUUCCUGCCACCCCCUGCCCCAUGGCAGAGGGGCAGGAGGAGACGGGCUGGGCCUCCCCCUCCUGUGUCUGUCCCUCUUUUCCUCCCUUCUCUCCUGUCCAGCCCCAUUUUGAGACCUGGGGCUGUCCUGUGCCACUGUGGGGGAGGUACUAUUUUGCCAUUUCCACUGGUUUCCCUCCCCGUCUCCUGUUGCCUUUCUGAGGGUUGGAGCAGUUGCUCUCCACAGGGUGGGUCAAUCUCCUGAGCCCCUGGUCUCCCAUAUUCAGGUGGGUGCCUGGGUGCUCUGAGGGCUGGAGGCUGGGGCCAGUGGCCAGCCAGUUCAGGGUGGGGUUGGGGAGGGAGGAAGGGAGAAGCCUGGGCUGUUCUGGCUAGUGACCCCCUAGCUCCUCCCUUCCUGGCUCCCCCUGGGCCCCAGGAGAUGUGUCCAGAGCCUCAUCCUGGCUCUGCUGUUCUUUGGCCCUUGACUUCAUAGUCACACCUGUCCCCCUCCCGAAGGGGUAGCCUAGCUAUGGGACUGCCCUUUGGGGGCACUGGGCUCCUGGGAGGGCUCAGGCAGGGUUUGUCCCCCUCCCUCACCAGUUUUCCAUGCCUGGAAGGGGGUGGCAGAGACUCUGGGAGGGGCUUGGGGCCAGUUGUCUGUGUGGAGAACCUGGAUUCCUUGUGGUGGCUAUACUUUUGGACGCUUCUGCUGCCUCCUCACUGCUUCUUGCUUUUCCUCCCGAGGCCCCUUGGCCCUGCUUCUCUCCUCCCCUGGGUGGUGAGUGGGCCGCAGCAGGAAGGGCUUAGAAAGCAGCAGCUCCACUCCAUGUUCUCCCACCUGCUUGGGAUUCGCCAUGGGCUUUGUGGGAUGAGGUAAGCGAUGGCUCCCCAGCCUGGGCAUUGGCUGUGAGGAUGGGCAGGGGCUGGGCUGGCUGGGCCUACCCCUAGGGGUGAGGGAUGAUACAGCAGCCUGCCAGUUCCAGAGUUUUCUUCUAGGGCUGUUCUGUGCCUGGCUCUUGAAGACUCUCAUAUGCCCAAGCCCAGGCCUGCCUCUCUCCACUACCCUCUGCCCAUAUCUGGGUCCCACAUACCCUUUGGGGAGAGGGAGCACCUGAGAAGCACAACAGAGGGCUUGACCCUCAGGUCUAGGCAGACGAUCUGGGCCGAGGCUAAGGCAGGAGCCGCAGAGUCACAGAAAUAAAAGUUUUCCCAGGAGACGCCCAGCGCCUGCCUCCCUCCCAUGGUCCAGACCACCACCCUCCCGGCACCUCCCUGCCCUGUGCCAGUGCCCCCUACCCCCCAGCCCCUUGCGCCUUCAUUGCUGUUGGGAUUAAAGCCUCUGUUU